ACAACACACCACACAAUCCACCGCUGCUCGCCGACACACCGCUACGUUCAAAAUGCGAGCGACACUGGCGACGUUGGCUGUCCUGGCCUUAGCGACGGCGGUUCAAUCGGACAGCAGAGCGCGCAUAGUAUGCUACUUCAGCAAUUGGGCGGUGUAUCGGCCUGGUGUAGGGCGGUACGGCAUCGAGGACAUUCCAGUGGAGAAGUGUACCCACAUCAUUUACUCCUUCAUUGGCGUCACUGAGGGCAACAGCGAAGUACUUAUCAUUGAUCCUGAGUUGGAUGUAGAUAAGAAUGGUUUCCGCAACUUUACAUCGCUUCGGUCUUCGCAUCCCAGCGUCAAGUUCAUGGUAGCGGUGGGCGGCUGGGCUGAAGGCGGUUCGAAGUACUCUCAUAUGGUUGCACAGAAGAGCACCCGCAUGUCUUUUGUCAGGAGCGUUGUCAGUUUUCUCAAGAAGUACGACUUCGACGGUCUAGACCUUGAUUGGGAGUACCCAGGAGCCGCUGAUCGUGGCGGCUCUUUUUCUGACAAGGACAAAUUCUUAUACUUAGUGCAAGAGCUGCGGAGAGCAUUCAUCAGGGUUGGUAAAGGAUGGGAACUGACUGCUGCCGUACCACUGGCUAACUUCAGAUUAAUGGAGGGUUAUCAUGUCCCUGAACUCUGUCAGGAAUUAGACGCUAUCCACGUAAUGUCGUACGAUCUUCGUGGUAACUGGGCUGGGUUUGCCGAUGUGCACUCGCCUUUAUACAAACGUCCUCACGACCAGUGGGCUUAUGAGAAACUUAACGUGAAUGAUGGUCUCCAUCUUUGGGAAGAGAAGGGUUGUCCCUCAAACAAGCUGGUCGUCGGUAUUCCAUUCUACGGUCGAUCUUUCACCCUAUCUGCUGGCAACAACAACUACGGUCUCGGCACCUUCAUCAACAAGGAAGCAGGCGGCGGUGACCCUGCGCCAUACACCAAUGCUACAGGAUUUUGGGCUUAUUAUGAGAUCUGUACAGAAGUAGACAAGGAUGACUCCGGCUGGACGAAGAAAUGGGACGAGCAAGGCAAGUGCCCCUAUGCCUACAAGGGCACCCAGUGGGUUGGAUACGAAGACCCUCGCAGCGUGGAGAUCAAGAUGAACUGGAUUAAACAGAAGGGAUACCUUGGAGCCAUGACUUGGGCUAUCGACAUGGAUGACUUCCAAGGACUGUGUGGAGAGAAGAACCCAUUGAUCAAGAUUCUUCAUAAGCACAUGAGCUCUUACACAGUGCCGCCUCCUCAUACAGAGAACACCACACCGACUCCUGAAUGGGCCCGUCCACCGUCAACCCCUUCGGAUCCUUCAGAAGGAGAUCCGAUCCCUACCACCACCACAGCUAAGCCAGCUUCUACCACCAAAACGACCGUGAAGACUACUACCACUACCACAGCAAAACCACCUCAGAGCGUCAUUGAUGAAGAGAAUGAUAUUAAUGUGAGGCCUGAACCAAAACCCGAACCUCAACCAGAGCCUGAAGUUGAAGUGCCUCCUACUGAAAAUGAAGUCGAUGGUAGCGAAAUCUGCAACUCAGACCAAGAUUAUAUACCCGAUAAGAAACACUGUGAUAAGUACUGGCGAUGCGUCAAUGGGGAAGCAAUGCAGUUCUCUUGUCAACACGGAACGGUAUUCAAUGUGGAACUGAACGUGUGUGACUGGCCUAGCAAUGCAACACGUCGCGAAUGUCAACAACCCUAAAACUAUGUUUUAUUCAGGAAGUUCAAAUGAUACUUCAAAAUUCGCUCAAAUGUCUGAUUUCAUGGUCUGUUACACGUUGAAAGUGUUCAAUUUGCUAUCAUUAAAGAAUUCGAUUAAUCAGAUUCAUGGAAGCGUUAAGAUAUAGCUAAUAAGUUUGUGAAUAUUGUCGUAUUUUGUUUUAGUUCGAACAUAAUACGCCAAUGUUUUCUUUAACUAUGUAAGGUCUUGAUUUUAUUUUUAUUUUUCAUACAUAAGUUACUAUUUUAAGCAAAUGAGUGCUCUCUGCGGACUAUAAUUGUUCAAUACUAAUAGGUUGAUUUUCCAUUCCAGUGGUAUUUACCGCCUCGAGUUUU